AUGCCUUCAAGAAUAGUGUCUACCGAAAAAGCGUCCGAGAGCAUAAAAUCACCCACGCAGCCUGUGCCGGACAACCUGCCCUCCAUAGUGUGCACAAAGUGGGGCUCAAUGCUCCUGGAAAUACAGGGUGAGUUGAACCUGCCCCCGAACAAGCCAGAGGGUCUCAACGAGCAGGAGGAGAGACUGUUCACAAAAUUCGUGUAUCCGGACCUCGUUGCGGAUAACGAACGGCUCGUGCGCGAUGCGGUCAAGUUCGGAAGGCUGGAGAUCGAAAAGGACAUGAAAAGAGCGACGCUGUACAUCAGCACGUCCCAGCGUCUCGUCGGGACUGUGGAGACGAUCGACCCGCCGCUGGGACUGCUCAAAACUGACAUCGAUGAAUCAGGCAAGUGCGAGUUUGUGGAUGUCAUCAGGAAGAAAGUGGUGUUCAAGCUGCGGCCCUUGCCCAUUAUGUAA